UUCUGGCCAUGUUGUGAAUAUUUUCUUCGGUAAAAACUUAUUCGUACGCAAAUGCAGGUGCUCUGCGUGUUUUGCACGUAAGGGAGUGUCACGAUACAACAUAGAAAAGAUUAUUCGUUUUCGUACAAAAAAAAUCAGUGUUAACUCCAAAAGACGCAAUGCCCCAAGGACGAAGGAAGGUUCCUUUCAGCGGAAAGCAAAAGAAGCAGCAAUUGCUAGCCAAGAAGCAAGCAAAAUCAAGUACAUCACAUAAUAUCAUCCGAAAAUUACGUGAUGAAGAAUCGAGUGACAUUAGCGAGGACAGUGAUUUUCCUCGAUCGUUUUGCGAAAACAUUGAAAAGAUAAAUCUUCAGCCGACUAAGGAUCCGCGUAGUAAAGCGAACCGAUAUGUGUUGCAAUUUCAUCGAGAAACGGGAAAAGAGCUCCGGGAAAUGAAAGAAGAUGCUUUGAAGGCACUGACAACCUGUCGCGUCGAAGAUCUGGAAAUCGGCGACCACUACUUUGCUAGGUAUGAUUUUCCGAAGCGACCGAAGUGGAGUUUUGAAAUGUCUAAAGAACAGUUGGACGCAAAUGAAAAUCGGUACUUUUUUAAAUACAUCACUUAUCUGGAGAAAACGCAUUACGAUGACAUGAAGUCAUUAAGCUUCUGUGAAUUGAAUUUGGAAACUUGGCGGCAACUCUGGAGAGUACUCGAACUAUCUGAUAUAGUUCUAAUAAUUGUAGAUGCCCGGUUUCCAGCGUUAAUGUUUCCACCUUCAUUUUAUCAUUAUGUGACGCAAGAAAUAGGAAAGGGAAUGAUACUGGUCAUUAAUAAGAUUGAUCUUGUUGACGCAGAAGUGGUACUAGCUUGGAAACGCUAUUUUCAAGAAAAAUACAACGACAUAAAGAUUGUCCUGUUUACGUCAUAUCCUUCAUACAAUUUGCGUGGUAAACAGCAAAACAAACAAGGAUUGAAAAUUCGUCGUCGCAAGGGACGAAUGCGUAUGGCCGCCGAAGGUGCGCAGCAAAUUUUUAAUAUUUGUCGUGAGUACGUUAACGACGAAGUAGAUCUAACUUCGUGGCAACGAAAAAUUCUAGAAGAAAGGAACGCUUCCAUGGAUGUGGAUGAUGAUGAAGAUGGUUUGGAAUCGGAGGGAACUCAUGAAGAGGAAAAAGACUUUUCCUUUGAAGAACAUGUAAAGUUUAAAGACGGUAUCCUCACCAUUGGAUGUGUUGGUUUCCCAAAUGUAGGUAAAUCUUCAUUACUUAAUGCAGUAAUGGGCAAAAAAGUUGUCUCAGUAAGCAGAACCCCAGGUCACACAAAGCACUUCCAAACUAUUUUCCUCACCAACUCCGUCCGUCUCUGUGAUUGUCCAGGGCUUGUUUUCCCUUCAGCUGUACCGAGGAAACUGCAGGUGCUUAUAGGUAGCUAUCCGAUCGCCCAGUUACGCGAGCCGUACGCUUCUGUUAAAUAUUUGGCUGAAAGAAUUAAUUUGCCGGAUCUCCUCGCUUUAAAACACCCUUCAAAUGAUGCAUCUGAAGAAUGGUCCGCCAUUGAUGUAUGUGACGCUUGGGCGACUAAACGAGGCUUUCUAACCGCAAAAGCUGCCCGUCCUGAUACUUAUCGGGCGGCAAAUAGCAUUCUUCGGAUGGCCCUAGAUGGAAAAAUUACGCUUUCGCUAAAACCAGCUGGAUAUCAUCUGACGGUUGAGCAAAUACAGACUGAUCCAGAACUCACGUCUGUUCGUGAAAUACAAGCAUUGGCCGAUACCAGCGAUAAAGAAGAUGAUGACGAUUUACUGUCAGACACGGAUACGGAGGACCUCGCUGAGGCUGCUAGCAAUGAUGCGGACAACGAAGAAGACGAGGAAGGCAACUCAACUUUGUCGCCAGUUAGUUCCAGUACCGUUAAUCCAUUUUCCCUACUGGGAAGCCCAGAAUAGAGCAGAAGUUGUAGUAAUCAGUAACUACCGCAAAAAAAAUCGAUGCGCUUUUUCAUAUCAUACUUUAUUGAGGCGUUAAAGCGAGAGGUAUUUUGUGCGAGAGCAUAAUUUUAUCUAAUACCGAUCAGAUGGCACGCGUUUGUUACGUAUUUAUUGUUAUGUCACGAUUUAUAUGUCUCUUGCAACUCUAGAGAAAGUACUGUAUUUUGUCAUUUGCAAUAAAGCUGGAGC